AUGAGAGGAGGCUUAGGUGCUUCAACUAACAUUCCUGUCUCAAAGAUGGAGAUACCAGUGUUUGAAGGGGCACAACAGGAAUGGAGGUGGACAGAGUUUGUAGAGGAAUUUUGUGCCCGGUUCGGUGAAAGUAACUUGAUUGAAGUGGUGGAACAGUUUAAUAAGCUACGGCAAGAAAGGAUAGUGGAUGAGUACCAGACCCAAUUUGACGAGUUGAAAUCCAGGUUGGGACAUGUCCCUUCCAUGCUAGACGAGGAGUAUUUUGUGUCCAGCUUCCUUAGCGGACUAAAUGACAAACUAAGACCAAUGGAAAAUGUGGAAUACCUUGGGCAUAUCAUCAUUGGAGAAGGCAUGCUUAAUGAUCCAAAAAAAAAAACAACUGCUGUGGAAUGGCCUCAUCCUAAGACUAUUAAGGAAUUGAGGGGCUUUCUUGGGCUAACCGACUAUUAUAGAAAGUUCAUUAAGGGGUAUGGGAUAAUCAACAAGCCGUUGAUUGAACUGCUCAAGAAGAAUGGAUUUGAGUGGGGCGAGAGAGCAGCAAUAGCCUUCAAUUCCUUAAAGGAGGCUAUGACUCAAGCUCCAAUUUUGUCUCUACCAAAAUUUUCAAAAUCUUUCAUAUUGGAAACAAAUGCAAGUGAUGUGGGAGUGGGAGCAAUGUUGACACAAGAUGAGGUGUCAUGUAGCUAUGAGGGGACACCAUGGGCUCAAGAACUUAUGAUCAGUCUAGCAGCUGGAGGCGACGAACAGAAAGGGUACACAUUGAGGGCGGGGUUAUUGAGGUAUAUAGGGCGGAUGGUGAUUGGGGAAGACCCUCAACUCAGGACUCGAAUCCUACAAGCCUUGCAUGCAUCUCCCAUUGGAGGGCACUCUGGCUUGAAUGUUACUUACAACAACGGACUACCCCGAUCCGAAGAGAAGAACACUAUCCUAGUAGUGGUGGAUAAGUUGACUAAAUUUGGGUAUUUCCUCAGCCUAGCUCAUCCAUUUACAACUUCGGAUGUGGCUAGAAUACUGCUGGAUUUGGUAGAGAAGAUACAUGGCUUGCCCUUGUCUAUUACUUCAGACCGAGAUAAGAUAUUUACCAACAACUUUUGGAGAGAAUUGUUCGAACAAUUGGGAGUUGGCUUACAUAUGUCUAUAGCUUAUCAUCCGAAAACGGAUGGACAAACAGAAAGGGUGAAUCAGUGCUUGGAAGCUUAUCUGAGAUGUGUGUGUUUCACUAGACCUAAAAGCUGGAAUCAAUGGUUGCCUGUAGCUCAAUGGUGCUACAACUCAAACUUCCACAACUCACUUAAGAGAUCACCUUUCGAGGCACUCUUUGGUUACAAACCGCCACUCAUCCCAGCAGUGAUGCAUUACUCCAAUGUGGAAUGGGAUGUGGAUUGA